AUGGCGUCCUACUCGACCGAUCCCGCGCUGUACAUCUACACGUCGUUGACGGCCGGCUCUUCACACAUUGUCACCGCGACAUCGCGCCUCGAGACAAUCCUGCGAGCCAACCGUGUUCCUUUCAAGGCCAUCGACAUUUCUACCGAUGACAAGGCUCGCAUGCUUUGGGGCCGUCGUGCCGGCAAGGACGAGAACGGCCGGGCGAGGAAGUUUCCUGCGCUGGUGCAAGAGGGGCUUGUUUUAGGGGAUAUUGUCGAAAUCGAAGAGUGGAACGAGUAUGGCGAGCUCAAGCAGCACAUCAAGAUCUACUACGACGAAUUCACCAUUCCCGAUAUCGACCACAAGUAUCCCGAGCCGGUCAAGAAGAAGAAGACAGUCAAGAAGUCUGCCGCUGCCGCCGCCAAAGCUGCCGCCGGUGUAGCCUCUGGUGAAGCUGUGCCUGCUGUUGCCACCGAUGCGGCCGUUCCUCCGCCUCCCCCUGGCCCAGUCCCUGAGCCCAAGGUUGGCGGUGGCCCAACCCCAAGGGCCAGCAUAGAUACGGUGCGCUCUGUGCAAUCUGUGCAGUCCGUGCAAUCCAUUGCAGAUGAAGCAGCAAAGAAGGCUAAGGAGCUUCGUCUGAACGCCUUGCGAGAGAAGGUGCACGGAAAGAAGAAGGAAGAGCCCAAGGCCGAGCCGAAGGAGGAGCCAAAGGAGGAGCCAAAGGAGAAGACGGAAGAGGCUGAGACGGUCAAGGAGAAGACAGAAGAACCAGCCAAGACCGAAGAACUGAAAGCAGAGGAGCCCGUCAAGGUUGAGGAAGCAAAGGCGGAGGAGCCCAAGACGGCAGAGCCAGAGGCCGAGAAGCACCAAGACAAGAAGGAGGAAGAGGAGGCUGAAGCUAAGCAAGAUGACAGCCUGAAGGAAAAGCCUGUGGAGGAAGAGCACGAGGAGGUUAAGCCCGACGCAAAGGAGGCACAGGACAAAUCUGAUGAACAAGAUGGCAAAUCUGAACACGAGGAACAUGAAGAACUUGAAGAAGUCAAGGAGGAAGAGGAAGAGGAAAGUGCCAAUGACCACGAUAACGAUAACGACGACGACGAUGAUGUUGAUGAGAAGAAGGAGGCCGAGGAGGACAAGGAAGAGGAGAAUGAAAAGGCCGAGCACACCGCAGAGGGAGAAGCCGUCACAUCACAGCCUGCCGCUGAGCCCGCCCCAGACGCCACGGCCAAGACAGACGAGAAAGACGAGAAAGCCAAGAAGUCGUCCAGCGCCGAAAAGGGCAAAAAAAAAACUUCUUUUUCUUCUUCUGCUUCUAAAGACGCCAAGCCCGGAGACAAGGACAAGGCGAAGCCUGCAUCCAAAACGUCAACGUCAACUCUCUCUUCGUCUGCGAGAAAACCUGCCGCGUCUCCAUCCUCGGCCAAGAAGCCCGCCUCCUCUAUCUCCUCCUCCACUUCCACCAGAAAACCUUCCGCGACGCAGUCCUCUUCGACGAGGAAGUACAAGAACGUCUUCAACGGCGAGAUCGACUUCCACAACGAGAGCAACUUCAACUUCAGCAGCAAGAUCCACUUCAACAACAAGAACUUCUUCCACAGCGAGAUCUACCUCUACGACAAGAACACCGUCAGUCGCAAGAUCAACAUCAACAACAAGAACGCCUUCAGCGGCGAGGUCCACAUCAACAACAAGAACUCCAGUAGCAAGAUCGUCUUCAGUAGCAGUAAGGUCUUCAUCAACGGCGAGAUCCACGUCAACAACUAG